AUGUCCACAGCUAUCAAUCUUUCAUUUCUUUCAUAUGGCCGCACCUUAAAUCCCCACCAAAUUCCACCACAACCCCGACACUAUUCGACCAUACCUCCUAUUUACCCGCAUUCUUGUUUCCGGAGAAUCUCCGGCAUGUCUCACGGCGACUUCUUCCGGCAACCACUCACCCCUCAACCGCCGGAAAUAUUCCCCUUUGAGCUGAAAGAGGAUUCCGAUUUUGAUCAAAUCGUAUCUCCAGAUGGCCUUGUCUCCAUCUGCGUUUCUUCUAAUAGUCAUUGCCCUUUCAAGAAAUCAACUCAUUUACGUGUAGGAAUUUUUUUUAUUUUGGGGACUGAUCUGAUGGCGGCAACGACAAUGGCGACGGCGGUGGGGACUAUGGUGCUUCUUUAUUACGUUCUGAGCCGGAGGCUAUCUUCGGCCGCAGGGAAGGAAACGGACAUCGGAGGUGAUAUCUCGAAAUCAAAGACUCGAUCUUUGAAGAAACGAGUGGUUAGGCAGCCAGCUCAAGCGCCUGCUACAUGGCUCGAGACGAUCUCCAUUCUCUCAGAGACUCUGAGGUUUACGUAUUCAGAAACUCUCGGGAAAUGGCCGAUUGGAUACUCUGAUGUAGAUGUCCUUCUUCAGAAGCCCAAAGCAGGACUCUUGAAGCCCGCCUUCACAAUUUUGCGUGAUGAAAACUCGAAGUGCUUCCUUCUCUUGAUUCGGGGAACUCAUAGCAUUAAAGAUACAUUGACUGCAGCGACAGGUGCAGUGGUCCCUUUUCACCAUUCAGUUUUGCACGAUGGUGGUAUAAGCAAUUUAAUUUUGGGAUAUGCACAUUGUGGGAUGGUUGCUGCUGCUCGGUGGAUAGCAAAACUAAGCACUUCAUCCUUGCUCAAAGCUCUUGAACAGAAUCCUGACUAUAAAGUGAAGAUUGUUGGUCAUUCACUUGGUGGUGGUACAGCUGCACUACUGACAUAUAUCCUCCGGGAACAGAGAGAAUUACCUGCGACCACCUGUGUCACUUUUGCACCAGCUGCCUGUAUGACAUGGGAGUUGGCAGAGUCAGGCAAACACUUCAUUACUACGAUAGUCAAUGGCUCUGAUCUGGUGCCUACAUUCUCAGCUGCUUCCUUGGACGAUCUUCGUUCAGAGGUAACAGCAUCAUCUUGGUUAAACGACCUCCGUGAUCAAGUUGAGCACAACAGAGUUUUGAACGUGAUAUAUCGCUCUGCCACUGCUCUUGGGUCUCGUCUACCAUCUAUAGUGAAUGCUAAAGCAAGGGUUGUUGGUGCAGGGACCCUUCUAAGGCCUGUUUCUAGCAUCACUCAGGUGAGCUCUGUUUUGGCAAAUCUACGGGUUGUAAUGAAGCGUGCACAAGAUGUAGCCCAAGCAGUUGUUAGGACCCGCUCUUCUAUAUCAUCAUGGACAUGUAUGGGUCCCCGACGCCGUGCUGUGGCCCAUUCAUCGAACUCAAAAGCAGAAGAUUUGACUGAGAAUUCUCUUCUUGCUGAGGAAACAUCUGAAUCUCUUGUAAGCGAAGUAAUAACCAGCGAAUCCAGGCAAUAUGGAACUGAUGAAGAGGAAGAUCUCAUUCGGGUGGAUGAAGUCGCUGCUGCAUCGACCCUUGAGGAAAUCACCGAGGGUGAGUUGUGGUAUGAACUUGAGAAGGAGCUCCAAAGGCAGGAGGACGAGGCUGAUAUCCAGAUCCAGGAUGAAGAAGAAGCUGCCAUAAAAGAAAUAACUGAAGAGGAAAAGGUAUUGACCAAUACAGUAGAAAGCCAAAGGCCAAUCUUUUCAUCAGAUGUUUCAGAUAAUCACCAUUUUUAUCCUCCUGGUAGCAUAAUGCACAUUGUAUCUGUACAUUCACCCGAGGCAAGCGAAACAGGUCAAGAUGGGCCGGAAGAACAAGUUUGUCUGUAUCAGACGCCGAGAGAAUUGUACAGUAAGCUCCGAUUAUCAAAGACUAUGAUAAAUGAUCAUUAUAUGCCUAUGUACAAGAAAAUGAUGGAACUGCUAAUUGAACAACUAGAAAAUGAUUUAGGACAUGUCUGGGCGCGAUUCUCACUUGAUGAAAAUCGAUUUUGGAACUGUUUAUGA